CUCAAAAUAUCUUAAUGUUAAACAUCAAUUAUAUUUCUGAAGGUUAGCAGUAAACAAAAAUUUAAAAAAGCAAUACCAUUUAUAAGAACAUCCAAAAAUAAAAUAGUAAUAAAUGUAAUAAAAUUCGAAAAACUUUCUGCCCAAUCUUGCUUCCUUCUGCUCCCUUGUGCAGGUGGUAACACCACGAAUGCUCCCUAAUAAGCCCCCAGCACAUAAUCUUGAUUUCAGAAUCUGCUUCCUGGGAAACCAAGGCUGCAAGUGUUGCUGACAAAAUAGAAAACCUUAAUAAGUGGAGAGUUAACCAUAUACUUGAAUUAGAAUACUCUAUAUUCUUGGGAUAUAAAGUCUCCCAAAUCUACCUACAGAGUGAAUACAAUCCCUGAAUACAUCAGAUAGAUUUUUUUUUUGAAAAAUGACAUGCUAAUUCUAAAAUUAACAUAGAAAUGCAUAGGAUUUAGAAUAGCCAAGACAACACUGGAAAGAAGAAUGUUUGGGGAAAUUACAGUACUGAAUAUCAAGAUUUACUUUAAAGCUGUAAUCAUAAAAACACUUUGAUUUCGUACCAGAAUAGUUAUACAUCCAUAGGACCAGAUGUAGUCCAAAAAAAAAAAAUUAAAUAGACGCAUACAAUUGCCUUUUUUAUGUAUUAAAAAAAAAUUGUCACUGCCGUUAGAGGUAGAAAGUGAUGGUCUUUUCAAUAGAUGGAGCUGAUUCGAUUGGAUAUCCGCAUGGAAAUAAGCAAAACUUCAUAUCUACCCUAUAUCAUACAUAAAUAUUAAUUUAAAAUGGAUCAUAGAGCUAAUUAUGAGAAUUCAAAAUAUAAAGCUUCUAGUUAGGGGCACCUGGGUGGCUCAGUCAGUUAAGCAUCCAACUUGCAGUUUUGGCUCAGGUCAUGCUCUUAGGGUUGUGGGAUCCAGCCCCACAAGAAGCCCCAUGUAGGGCCACCUGUAACUCCUCUAGGGCUCCGAGCCCAGCAGGGAGUCUACUUGGGAUUCUCUCUCUCCCUUUGCCUCUCCUACCACUCGUUCUCUCUAUCAGAGAGAGAAAGAGAGAGAGAAGCAGACUCCCCACUGAGCAGGAAGCCUGACCUGGGGCUGGAUCUCAGGACCCUGGGAUCAUGACCUGAGCCCAAGGCAGACACUUAACCCACUGAGCCACUGAGGCGCCCCUCAAAUAAAUAAAUCUUCAAACAAAUACAUAAAGCUUCUAGUUAAAACAUAACAGAAUACCUUUAUGGCUUUAGGGCAGACAAAGAUUUCUUAAACAGGAUGAAAUAAAUACUAAUAAUAAAAAACCUAGGAAAAUCAGACGUUUUUCAAAAUAAGAACAGUGUUAAGAGAGCGAAGAUGCAAGUUGUAGCCUUGGAAAGACGUGCUCGGUUUGAAUUAGUACAAUACACACAUAUCCAAAUUUAUACAGGACUAGCAGUCAGGAUAGAAUCAGCUCCUACAGAUCGAUAACAAAAAGCUCUAAUUAAAAAAUGGGCACAAAGACUUGAAGCAGCACUUCAUGAAAGAAGAUAUUCAAAUGGCCAUAUAAGUCUAUAAAAGGUGCUGCACAUCGUUAUUCACCAGAAACAUAUUGAAAAUAAAAAUACUGUGAGGUACCAGGACACCUACCAAAAUGGCUGAAAGUAAAGGCUGGCAAUACGAAAUGUGGAAUAUGCUGGAUUUUUCUGUGGUCAAACUAGCACCAAAAUUCCUGUCUGGGAAAUACAUUUCCCAGAAUCCCUUUCCCUGGGCAAUGAGGGGAACUCCCGGAAUAAGUGGAAGGUAAAACCGAGGCACAGAUUGUCACUCUCAGAAGGAAGCUGAAGUAAACAGAAGGACGGGCUCGUGCUGAAGCGCCGGGAGACCCCCCAUCAUCGUCUAUCUCCCCCUUCUUCACACCCAGUUACUUCAUCUUUCUUUGCCAACCCACAGGUCCUCCAGCUCUACCCACAGGUGCGUGACCCAGACCCACAAAGCAGCAGCCUCCACAGAGACAGUGGUUCCUGAGAGACAGUGGCCUUUGUGAAGAAACCAUUUUCCAGAGACAACCGCUUCCUCACAGACAGCAUUUCCCCUCUAGGCAGCAGCUUCCACAAAGGGGUAGAUUCCCAUGGGCUUCUCCUAAAACUCCCUUUUUAUAGUUCCGUUGUGGAACCCAGAUGAACAGGACCGCUUGGAAUUUUACCCCUUCCAGAUUGUGGUAGAGUGAAAAACAGCAAACCAAAGAUAUUCGGUCCUAAUCCCUAGAACCCACACAUGUUAUAUUUUAUAAGGGAAAAGGAUGGAUGCAGAUGUGAUUUAGUCAAGGAUCUUGGUGUGGGGAUUAUCCUGGAUUAUCUGGGGGCCUAAAUCUAAUCACACCAUUGAGAGCUUCCAUUAUGUGAGAUUAUACUGCUCUCAGUUCUCUGCUCCCUCCACUUAGGGGUGUAAUAGAGCCCCACCUGCCCCCCGCGGCCUUAGUUGGAGUACAAUUUCCCAGCCCACUGUCAGUCUUAGCUGUGGCUUGAUUAGUCAGGGAAUUAUGAACAGGUCUAGUGUAUGCUGUGUCAAUCAGAGAUUUUAAAUGCCCUUGUAUAUUUUGCUUUACUUUAUUGCUUCUGCCUUUGCCAUGUAAAAGGGACUGAUCCUUUAGUCUGGACCCCAAAAUAGAAAGACAUAAUCAAAGCUAGUAGAGCCCCGCAGAGGCAUAUGUAACCCAAAGCAGAGAGUAAGAAAGGUGAUUCUAAAAUAUUGAAAUAUUGAGAUUGUUUGUUACUACAGAAAACAAUUACUAAACACAUCAUUUCUGUUAAAGUUUAGCUGUCAGUGUUACUGAUGUUAUUUUUAAAGACAAUCUAUCUCUCUCUUCUAUGGACUCCUUUUAAGACUUUGUCUUUGUUUUCAGUAGUCUUAUUGAUAUAUAUUGGUAUGAUUUUCUUGUUUUUGUUUUUUGUUUGUCUUUUUCCUGCUUAAGAUUUACAAAGUUUCUUGAAUCUGUACUUUUUAAAUGCUUUUAGAAAAUUCUUAGAAAGUUUCUCUUCUAAUAAUACUUCUACCACAAAUUCUUACUCCUCCUGUUAUAAGAUUCCAUUAAAUGCCUAUUAAAAUUUAUUACUCUAUUCCACAGAUUUCUUACAUUCUUCUAAAUUGUUAAUCUUUUUUGUUUCCCUUCCUUGUAUCCAUCUGAAUAAUUUUCAUUUACUUACCUAAGUCAAUAGAAAUUAAUUCUAUGUACCUUUUGCACCCUUUGAUCAAGUUUUUAAUUUGUUUUUAUGCUUCUCAGUUUCAGAAUUUCUAUGUGAUCCUUUUGUAGAGAUCCCAUUUCUUUAGUAAUGUUCCCCAUCUUGAAACCAAUAUUGUUGCAUCUGUUAAUGAAAAAGAAAUUUAAAGUCUAUGCCUAAUAACAUCAAUAUCUACUUCUCCCCUGGAUCUCUUUCUGUUUUGUUUUGUUUUUUUUUUUUUCUUUUCUCUUGUUCUUUUAUCAUUUGGUCCUGAAGCCUGGAUACUUUUCACUCAAUUACUGUCCUACAGAAUGAAAAUCUGUAGAAGAUAUGGGUGAUGCUAUCUUUCUUCAGAAUGGAUUUAAUUCUUUUUUGACAGAUAUUUUUCAUAGGGGAGGAUCACUUUGCCCUAAUCUGGAAUUGAGAUGUCUAAGAUUGUAUUUCAGUAAUUGUAAAUAGUGAUAUCCCUCUGAUUUUUACUUCAAAAGGUACCUCUUUUUUUUUUUUAAGAUUUUAUUUAUUUAUUCGACAGAGAGAAACACAGUGAAAGAGGGAACACCAGCAGGGGGAGUGGGAGAGGGAGAAACAGGAGAAACAGGCUUCCUGCUGAGCAGGGAGCCUGAUGCGGGGCUCGAUCCCAGGACCCUGGGAUCAUGACCUGAGCUGAAGGCAGAUGCUUAAUGACUGAGCCACCCAGGUGCUCCAAAAGGUACCUCUUCCAAAAUGUUGUUUAUAGGUCUCAGCUUUAGAACUCUGUUUUUAUUGUUACUGCCACACUAUGAGACUAAUAAGCUCUAGGUAUUCUCUUUCUCUUUUUCUUUUUUAAAGAUUUAUUUAUUUAUUUAUUUUUUAGAGAGAGUAUGGGGCUCGGGGCAGAGGGAGAGGGAGAGAAAAUCUCCAGCAGACUCCCCAUCGAGUGCAGAGCCUAAUGUGGGGCAUGAUCCCAGGACCCUGCGAUCAUGACCUGAGCCAAAAUCAAGAGCUGGCCACUCAACCCACUGAGCCACCUAGGUGCCCCAGCUCUAUGUAUUUUCUAAGGCUCUUUGCUACUAUUUUCAUUUGGCUUCUUGACCCUAUGCCCUACACCUGAUGGUUUGAAGAGAUACACUUUGAGGAGAAAAGUGACUCAGAAUACCAGACUCCCUUCUCUGUAGUUCCUUUUCUUUCUGUUACUUUGCCUCCUUAAAUCCUGAUUAUCUUGUUUUUUGCUGGACUCCAGUUUUGUUUCUCUAUGCUAUCUAAAACUUUGAGCUGUUUCUUUCUGCUUGGUAUUUAGCCCUGAGCAAAAAUGGAAUCACUCAUGUGGAAAUAUGAAUGUCAGAGUUAUCAUAAAGUGUUCCCUCUAGAGGCACUAUCUUGAUAUCCAUAAAGUCUGGCUGAAUUAGUUGAUAUUCAACGUCUCCAAACAGCUAUUUUGGUAUUUGAUCUAUCUCUUAGAGUUGCUUUGGUUGAGAGAUCUGAUUUAAUGUAACCUACUCUCUGUAGCUGAAAGUGAAAGCCUAUCAAGCUUUCUAGUGAACUCUAGCAGCACUUUAUCAAUAACUAUGUAAACUACUUAGUAUAAUUUUGAUGCCUAUUAUGUCACAUUUUAAGUAAAUUUCAGAAUUGACCAUUUUACAUAUUUAGUAUUCUAAUCUAAGAGCGUGGUAUAGCUUUCCUUUUCUUUAAGACUUUUAAAUAACUCUCAAUAAACUAAUAUCCUGCAAAAAGUUCUGGCAAUAAUAGCUUUAUUGAGUUAUAAUUAAUACAGAAUAGAUUACACAUAUUUAAAGUUAACAAUUUAUUAAGAUUUGUCAUAUGUAUAAACUCAUGAAGUCAUUAUCACAUUCAAAAUAGUAAAUAUAUCCAUACCCUCAAAAGUUUGCUUGUGCCGAUGUACAUUCUCUCCUCCUCAACCUUCUCUGCCACCCUAUCUUCUUGUAACCACUGACAUCUUUUCUGUCACUAUAGAUUAGUUUGCAUUUUCCAAAAUUUUGAGUAACGGAAUUAUAGAGUAUGUGCACUUUUUUGUUAGGCUUCUUUUCAUCAGAAUAGGUUCUUUGUGAUUAUUGUAAGUUGCUGUUUAUAUCACCAGUUUAUUUCCUUUAUUGCUGAGUACUCUCCCCAUUGUUUGGAUAUGUUCACUUGCUGAUGGUCAUUUAAGUUAUUCUGGUUAUAACAAGUAACACUACUAAGGGCAUUUAUACAUAAGUCUUUCUAUGGGCAUGUUUUUAUUUAUCUUUGGUAAAUAUCUAGGAGUGCAGUGACUGAUCAGAUGGUAGGUAUAGGCCUAACAAUUUAAGAAAUUACCAAAUACUUUUCUGAAGUCACCGUAUAAUUUGACAUCCUCAUUAUCAGUGUAUAAGAGUUCCAUUUGCAUAUCAAUAAUUAUUAGGAAAUGGAAAUCAAACCACAAUGAGAUAUCACCUCAUGGCUGCUAGAAUGACUAUCAUCAAAAAUAUGAGAGGUAAGAAAUGCUGACAAGGAUGUGGAGAAAAGGAAACACUUGUGCACUGUUCGUAGGAUUGAAAAUUGGUACAGCCACUGUUGAAAACAGUUUGGAGUUUCUUCAAAAAAUUAAAAAUAGAACUACCAUGUAAUCCAGCAAUUCCAAUUCUAAGAACGUAUUAGAAGGAAAUGAAAACACUAUGCCCCAUGUUCACUGAAGCAUUAUUUGCAAUAGCCCAAAUAUGGAAACAGCCAAAGUCUCCACUGACAGUGGAACAGAUAAAGAAGUUUGAUACGUGUGUGUGUGUGUGUAUAAUGGAAUGUUAUUCAAUCAUAAAAAAAAAGUAGGAAAUCCUGCCAUCUAUGACAACAUGGAUGGGCCUUGAGGCCAUUAGACUAAGUGAAAUAAGUCAGACAGAGAAAGACAAGAUAAAUAAUGUAUGAUCUCACUUACAUGUGGAAUAUAUAUAUAAAAUCAGAUUUGUGGUUACCAGAGACAGAGACAGAGAGUUAGGGAAGGAGAAAUUGGAUGAAGGGGCCAAAAGGCACAAGUUUGUAGCUAUUAGAUAAAUAAAUACUAAGGAUCUAAUGUACAACAUGAUGACUUAAAAAUGGCUGCAUGGUAUAUUUGAAAGUUGUUCAAAGAAUAAAUCUUAAGAGUUCUCAUCGUAAGGAAAAAACUUUUUUUUUCUUUUUUUUCUAUUUUUUGUAUCUAUAUGAAGUGAUGGCUCCAUAAAAUCCUCCAGAUUUUUAGAUUCUUUGCCAUUUUGCAUUUUCUGUGCUGUGUCCUUUCCUCUCAGAGUCAUCUUUCCCUGAGUCUCCAGUCCUCCUACUCCAUUCUGGACUAGCAUUAUUCAAGAGCUGUUACAAUGUUCAUCCUGGGACAUUUUGUCACUGCUCUCAAGAGUAUUGCUAACCAGGUCCUACAUCUGUCAGUUUUUGGGUUUCUGUCUCUGUUUGCUGAAUUGUUAUUAUUUUUUCAGCUGGUGUUUUGUGAUUUGGUCCGUGUGGGUAUAAGCAGUGAUGAAGGGGCUCUGUUUCAGGGUUUCAGGAUAAAGCAUUGUUGAUACUGAAACACACCCAACAAGUCUAUGUGUAUCAAGUUACUGGGAUUAGACCGGUGGGUCCAGAGACAGAGAACUGAAUUAAUUCUUACUCAAAACAGAUGAGGACACAGACUUGACAUAUUUCCUUCCUUGGUCAGAUUUGCCCAUGGGAUCGAGUUUGGCCCAGAAGUUGAAAAGAGGGAACAUAUGAUGAUGAAACUGGAAAGAAAGGGGAAAUUUAACAAUCCUGAAACCUCUAAAUGAAAGAGCAAAUAAUUCACUUAAAAACAUUAUUCUGAAUCAUGAUUUCAGUAACUAAAACAGAUGAUAAAUAUUAUAGUAUUAAAUUAGCAUAUUUUUGUAGAACGAUGUUUUUGCUGUUACUAUUCUCUGUGCCAAAUGAUACCUCCACAGAGAGGCCUUCUGGGAGUACCCUGUUUAACAUAAAAGCCUCCUCUCCUUCCUCUGCCACCCUACCUUUUCCCUGUUUUAUUCCUACGCAUAGCACUAUUGCUACUUUACAUUGUAUUACUUAUCCAUGAAUGAAUAACAUAAAACAUUAACAUAUAAGUAUAUGUACAAACAAAUAUGUGAAUUGUAGCAUGUAAACUACAUUAAGGAAGAAAACGAGCCUGUCAUUUGCUCUGGAAUAAUGCAUAGCACAUAGUAAAUACUCGAUUAAUUUGUUGAAUAAAGAAAUGAAUACAUAAAUAAGUUAAUGUUCCUGAACUCUCAAGUAAAAAUAUUCAUUUUAUUUUUCAAAGUUAAAUAGGCAGAAACCAUCUAUGAAAUAAACUGCACUGCAUUUAUAUUUAUGGAGACAAAGGAUAUUAUGAUCAGACUGGAGUGGGAUGAAAAUCUGAACCUGUGAGAAGAAAUCUGAGCCUUAAGAUUUAGGAGACACAUUACUACUUCAGGUUUCAGAAGGAAGAUUAGGAGAGUGAAUGAUAGUUCCCCCUCAGGUAGUUCCUUACUGACAAAGGCACAUUUGUGAGGAUGGGAGAAACGUCUGUGGCACCAGAGCGAAUUACAGUCAGUGAAAAUUCUGAGCUUCAUGGUGGAGUCUUUAGUCUUUCUCAUUCUGUCCAGGUUUACGUAUCAGAACGUGGUUUUCCUGAAAAGAUAUAUAUUCUCUUUCUCGACACCAUGUUAAAUAUUCCUUGAUUUCUGCCUUUGUAGUAUUGUGAUUUUACUCCAUCUUUAUCCAGACACUGUGCCCACUGCACAAUGUUCCAGUCAUUCUUAAAAGUCAAUAACGGUGUUCUUAUUAAUAACAGUAUUUAACAGUUGCUUUUCACUGAGCAAUACUAUGAUUAUUUCUGAAUGAGUUAGUAACUUACCCAUUUAAAGAUACUGGUUGAACAUCUGGUAUGCGUUUGCCACUAUGCUAGAUAUUCAGGGUGCUGGGAAUGCUCUCUACGGACUAAUCUCUGCUGGACUGUGACCAAGGCACUUGAGCUCCCUGAGCUUCACCACUCCCCAGUCUAUAAAACAGGUUAAUGCACAUAUACACCCUAACUCCCUCCCAAAAUUCAGGUUAUUAGAAAUCAGAUCCAAACCUGAUGGAUACAGUCUUAGGAAAGAACUGCCACCUCUAGACUAUAUUUCCCUUGUUUUCAGGGGCUGUUCUGUGUGUGGGGGAGGGUAGGAGGGGGGAAGGGGAAGAUCUCUAUUCAGUGUAGCUCAAAUGUAGCUUUUUCUCUUAGUAUCACUUUUUUGAUUUUGUAUUGAUCUAUUAAUAUUCUUCUUCUUUUUAAAGACUUAUUUAGAGAUAGUGGGGGGAGGAGCAGAGGGAGAGAAUCUCAAGCCGACACUCCCCUACACACCAGCCUGACCCAGGGCUUGAUCUCACUGCCCUGAGAUCAUGACCUGACCAAAAUGAAGGGUCUGACGCUCAACUGACUGAGCCAACCAGGGCCCCAAUAUUCUUCUUCUUUUAACUUCUAAAGACUUUUUCAGUCCACAAAAACAGGAAGGAAAAAGAAAGGGAACAAUGUUUUGGUGAGAACUAACUUGCUUGUGGCUUUCUGGGAGUUAGUGGGUUAAGUGCUUUGGAUUAUAACACUAUUCUUACAGGCACUUGCUGAUUAACAACUUUAUAUAUGCAGAAAUCAUGGUACUUUUGUUUGUAUUGUUUCACAAGACCUUCCAGUCUGGAGAUCACUGUCAUUUUCCACAAAUUAAAGAAAAAUAAAAAAUGUUUAUAUUUAAAACCUACAUUUUUCUCUCAGGACUAUUUCUUCAACUUGGUGUUUACUGGAGGAAGUUAAGAAAAGAAAGAUAAGAGAUGCGUGUGGAGUAUGCCUGAAGAAGUGACUUAUGCUACUCUCCGAUUUCCAAAUGCUUCCAAGUCGAAGAAGUCCGAGGAGAGUUACAGUCUCCAGAGAACUGACAAUCAUGAAGGGCCUGAAACCGAGAUGGAUGGUGAAGCUGAAAAUAGAGCAGCGGGAGUUGAGAGCACAGCUGAGCUGGCAGAGAGCAGAGCUGUGCCAGGACAUAGCACUCAGUGCAAAGUGUGGUGCACUGUUGCUUUCAUUUCGAUGACGGUGAACCUGGUGGUACUGGCUGGCCUGGGGACCCUGGGCCUGAUGAGAAUCACACCAAUUUCAGAUUACUGGAAACUCAUCUGCAACAACAGAACAGCAAAUGAUAUUGAACAAAGCAAAAUACAACAGUUGGAGGAAAAUGUAACACAAUACAUGAAUAUGUAUCAUAACGCCUCACAGGAGCAUAUCAUUUUCAAAAAUAAGACAGAAAACACAUUAGAAAAGCUGAACAACUUUACCUCAGCAUACUGUGAAGACUUAAAGGAGAAGAAAAAUGAUUUCGAAUUUCACUCUUGUUCAGAGUCAUGGAUGUGGUAUGGAAAUGGAAACCAAUGUCAUGCCCAGAUGAAUACGGACAAUAAGACAACUUGCAACCAAACCCAGCUGUUCUUUAGAUGUCUUCCAUCACCUAUCCCCCGGAUAAAUCUGAAUUGUACUCUCCAGAAGAGAAAUCAGGAAGAAGAAAGUGUUUUAAAAUUUUGCAUUGUGACCUGUGAGUUACCCUGCCACUUGCUUCUUGUCUAUAAUAAAGGAAAUCUAAUGUUAAUUUUGGCGAUGUCUCUCUGGCAGCCAUCCUCCAUGUGUGGUCAAAAUGGAUCAAGAGAAGAUAAAAAGUCUCUGGGAGCAUUUGCCUGUAGCUCAGGCAAUUCCUUUUCAGCAAACAAAUCUGUUCUAGAUAGAAGGAGUUCAUAGAAUUGAGAACACAGAAGGUAGAAAUGCAGAAACUCUGGUACGCUUCCCUGUCCUUCUUUUCACACUCCUAUCUAUGCUUUCCUAAGGCCUAAGGAAUGGAAAGAAGGUACAAAGACAAAGUCAAAGCAGAGUCAAGGAUAUUACCCUGUAGAUAUAAACUAGAAUGGGAAUCAGAGUAACCAUAGGAUUUAUUGUCCAAACCUGACCACUUUGAGAGUAAAAGGAAUCACUAUUGAUAAUUGCACUAAGACACGGGGCAUGAAUCUGAAGUGUGCAGGGCAAACCCAGAUUUUUCAAUGACCUCUUGGGUGAAAUUAUCAAUGAAAGACCCAGAGAUAGCUUUGGGCCCUAGACAAUUGGGGGUUCGGGUGAAUUCUUGCAGUAGUAUAAGAAAUCACCAUAGUUAUUAUCACUUUAGUCUCUUUUAACGAAAAUAAUCUGAGAAGAAAAGAAUAAGUUUUGGCGAUAAUAGAUUUAGACUCAUGAAGUAAUUGUUUGUUUUUCAAAUAAAGGACACAAUUCUUUUUUUUUUUUUUUUUCUGG